AUGGCCGGAGGAAAACUGCUUGAUCAGACCGAGCCGGCCCAAGGCUAUGUGCGGGGGCCAGACGCGUACGCGUUUAGGAAUGAUGAUUAUUGGUCGAGCAGCAUGUAUGUACAAGUCGAGGAGGAGGAGGUAGAAAGCGGUUGCUGUCGUUCCUGUGGGGUGUACUGUUGCUGUUCCUCGUGCUUUUCGUUCUUCUUUAUAUUACUUGGUGCGACCCUAUGUUUACCGUUUGUGGUGUGGGGUCUGUUUUCGACGGCGGUAAAUUGGGGCGAUCACUGGUCACUCUUCAAGGUCGUUCUGCUUUGUACUGGUGUGUUCAACCUUUUACUGGGAGUCGUCGGCAUUUUCUCAGUGUACUUCAAGUCGAAGAUGCCAUCGAUGCUAUUCUCAGUGAUGCUCAUGGCGUCAGCGGUACCGGUGCUGUCCUUGGGUCUUUUGUUUCUCCUUUUGUUGAUGGACAUCCUUCCUUUGGAUACAAUGCUUUCGGGGGUGUGGCGCGAGGCUGUGCAGGAGCAACCUGAGCUCAUUUGCAACAUCCAGGCGAAUUACAAAUGCUCUGGCUUCGAAAAGGGGAGGUGCUGUUUUAGUAAUGCAACGAGGCACAUCCCUGGGAUCCGGCCACACGUUUGUUACCUUGUGUCCCGCGACGGCCAUGUGAUGCUCGACCCGAUAACUCUGGAGGAGAUUACGUGGCCGAAGUUGUAUUGCUCCCCGGUGUGCGGCGAAUCGAACAUCUAUAGAGACACGUGCGGGUCGAGGAUUGUAGAGGACACCCGACCAGCCCUUCCAGCAACGGUUGGUGCGUUGAUGGCUUGUGGGUUUAUUCUACUACUUCUUUCUGCAGUUGCCCUUCGGCGCGCACGCAGGCCUAGAGAGAGUCCGUUAUAUUUUCAGUACGAGUACUAA